AUGGAACCGAGCUGGAGUACGUUUUUAUUUCAACAGGCCAAUGAGGCGCUCCACCACCAGCACCAGUUAGCCGGGAAUAGCCUCUUGCCUUUACUCACUUCUGGAACAGAGCCGCCUGAUCAGAAACCAGUGCUACCCAUAGUGUUGGACCAGAAACCACCAGUCAGUGCUGCAGAACUUCUUAAAGAUAAUGUGGCCAGCGGAACUGGAGCAGGAGGUGGCGGAGGACCUCCUCUUGCUGUUGUCAAAAAAGAGCCUAAAUCAAAGACGCCAUUCAUUUGUGGCUAUUGCAACAAGGCUUUCCGGGACAGCUACCACCUGCGGCGGCACGAGUCGUGCCACACUGGCAUUAAGAUGGUUUCGCGGCCGAAAAAGGCCCAAACAGCUCCCACCAUGGUGCCAAUCAUUUCCACAGUACCUCGCGAUAAUAAUGGAAAUCCUUCAUAUGUCACUACUGUAGCUGGUAUUUUGACAACGGCCACUACAUCAACAGCAACGGGUACGAGUAUUAUGACCCCCAUGCAACACCAACAGCAGCAGAACAUCCCUAAAAAGACUCCCAAACCAGUGAAAAAGAAUCACGGCUGUGAUAUGUGUGGAAAGGCUUUCAGGGAUGUUUAUCACCUGAAUCGCCACAAGCUGUCGCAUUCUGACGAGAAGCCGUUUGAGUGCCCCAUCUGCCAUCAGAGGUUCAAGAGGAAGGAUCGAAUGACAUAUCACGCACGCUCCCAUGACGGUGGAGUUCACAAGCCUUAUAUUUGUUCUGUAUGCGGAAAGGGAUUCUCCAGGCCUGAUCACCUAAGCUGUCAUGUAAAGCAUGUCCAUUCCUCAGAAAGGCCUUUCAAGUGCCAAGUAACGGCCUGUACAUCUGCUUUCGCUACCAAAGACCGUCUACGCUCCCAUAUGAUUAGACACGAAGGCAAAGUCACGUGUAACAUCUGUGGCAAAAUGCUAAGUGCUGCCUACAUCACAAGUCACCUCAAGACUCAUGGUCAGGCCAGCUUCAGCAACCAGUGUAACAAUAAAGGCAUAAAUGACUGGCAGUGGAAUCACUCAGGGCCACGAAAAGGUGAUUUGACGGUAGGAGAGAUUUUAAAUAACUCCUUCCAAGUCCUAAUUGACAACUCUCACAAAGAUGCCAACAACGUACACAGCAAUUCCGCCACGACCACGCCGGUCACCAACUCGGCAGCCAUUACCUCUACCAUGAACCGUGGUGGCAACACAAGCAAUCCGGUCACCAUUGCCGCUCAGAUGAACAUCACCACCAGCACGGUCAACAUCACAAACCCCGUCAACCUGCAACACCCGGUCACGAUUACAGGCCCGGUGAACCUAGCCUCCGUCAACAUCCCCACCACAGCCCACAUGAAUAUUGCCCAUCCCGUGGCCAUCACCACCCCAAUGCCUAUGAAUAUCACCGGCCCACUUAACAUUGCAAUGAGGCCCAUGGAGAGCAUGCCUUUUCUAUCCCAAGUUCUGCCAUCCUCACCUCCUUGGUAG